UAUAAAUACACAAACUUCUAAUCAAUUCCUCACCAACUUGGAUAUCAGCCAUAGCCAUUUUCAUGAAACUUCUUUCAACACCAUUAUUCAAGAUACCAUCUAUUCUCACUUUCACACAAAGGGAAAUUGAAGAAACAAUGGCCCUCCCAAGACAACACCACCUCCUUUUGUUUCUUGUUGCCAUGUUGGUUUCUUUUGCUCAUAGCACAGUGCCAGAGGACCCACUUAGGUUAUUUCAUGAGGGUUCUCCUAAAGACAAGAACUUCAUCAUGCAGAGUACAAAUGUUUUCAACUUUAAGAGUUUUGGCAAAUUGGGUCACAUUUCUUCUUCCCUUAAAAUGGUUAACGUCAAUGAUUAUGGAGCUCGAGGAGAUGGUAAAAGUGAUGACACUCUGGCAUUCAAGAAGGCUUGGGAAGUAGCAUGUUCAUAUGCAGGAGCAGUUUUUGUGGUGCCGCAGAAAAAUUAUCUACUCAAGCCAAUCACAUUUUCUGGCCCUUGCAAAUCCAACAUCGCAGUACAGAUCUCUGGAACCCUUGUAGCAUCAGAUAAUCCAUCAGAUUACAGUGAAGACCGCACACACUGGCUUAUGUUCGACAGUGUUCAGAAACUAUCAGUUAAUGGUGGUGGAACCAUCGAUGGAAAUGGAAACAUAUGGUGGCAAAACUCAUGCAAAAAGAACCCUAAGCUUCCUUGCAAGAAGGCCCCUACGGCGUUGACUUUCUACCAGUGCAACUACUUAACAGUUGAGGAUUUGACAAUAAAGAAUGGCCAACAGAUGCAUGUGUCCUUCGAAGAAUCUAAGAAUGUUAUUGCUUCUGGUCUCACCGUGACAGCACCUGAAGACAGCCCAAACACUGAUGGAAUUCACAUCACAAACACUCAAAACAUACAAAUCUCGAACACAGUUAUAGGAACUGGUGAUGAUUGUAUAUCAAUAGAAAGUGGAUCCAUGAAUGUGCUAGCCACAAAAAUAACCUGCGGACCAGGCCAUGGUAUCAGCAUCGGAAGCUUAGGGUCUGCGAAAUCCAAGGAUUUUGUUUCAGGAGUAAUGGUAAACGGAGCUAAAUUUUCUGGAACUACAAAUGGAGUAAGAAUUAAAACAUGGCAGGGAGGUUCAGGAAGUGCAAGCAACAUCAAGUUUCAGAACAUUGAAAUGGACAAAGUAACGAAUCCCAUAAUAAUAGAUCAAAAUUACUGUGAUCAAGCCACACCAUGCAAAAAACAAAAAUCUGCAGUUCAGAUUAGGAAUGUGUUAUACGAAAACAUAAAAGGCACAAGUGCUUCUGAUGUGGGUGUGCAAUUUGAGUGCAGCGAGAAGUUUCCAUGCAAAGGGAUAGUGUUGCAGAACGUAGAGCUUGAACGUGAAGAUGGAGAAGGGGCCAAAGCUUCAUGCAACAGUGUUCAAUUGUCCUACAGAGGAGAUGUUAACCCUCAAUGCCCAUAGAUACACCAAACACACUUCCAAAUAAUGCAACAUUGUUUUGCACACGAUAAUAAGGCUAAUUCAUUUGUAUAG